AUGUCGUCUGCUUUAAUUAAUAGAUCACUUACCACUAUCAGGACGGAACUAGACUUCCUUAGAGAGUCGGAAGUCAUCUCUGAAGGUCUCUUUCAGCAAAUUAUUGAUCAGCUACCUGAAAAGCACACUCCCGGAAUGGCCGCUGCAUCGUCUAUCAAGACUGAAUCUGUCAAACAGGACAAAUGGGAACCUCCUAAGGAACCUCCUAAAGAGGAAAAUAGUGUCCCUACGCCUGCUCCUAGCGUUUCAGCUGCUCCACCUUAUCCCACCAGUUUAGAAUUUGCCGAGGCUCUGUACGAUUACACACCACAAGAGAAAGAAGACUUAGCACUCCGCGUAGGGGACAAGAUUGAAGUUACUGAUAAAUUGUCAUCUGAUUGGUGGCGUGGAAAAGUUAAUGGCACUGAAGGUAUCUUUCCCGCAAAUUAUGUCAAACUUUUGGGCUCUAGACCCUCUCACUCACCUCCUCCAGUGGCACAAGCUCAACGUUAUGAAUAUGAACCUCCUUUGCAAUCUCAGCCUUCAGGAGCUCCAUCUACCAAAUAUGACUACCCGGUUCAACAAACACAACAAUAUCCUGGACAGAAUUUUGGGUCUCCUCAGCCGUACCCUCAACAAAUAGUCCAGACCCAACCCAUGGUAGUCCAACAACCCGAGCAGGCUCAAAGUGGACAUGGAUCACAAGAUUUCAAUCGUCAUGCCAAAAAGUUUGGCUCUAAGUUAGGUAAUGCAGCUAUCUUCGGUGCAGGUGCUACAAUUGGUAGUAAUAUCGUUAACAGCAUCUUUUAA